GCCAAGUGUCGCAAAAUUGUGGGUCACUUUAGACACAGCGCAGCCAACAGCAUGGAGCUUAAAGCACAGCAAGCAGCCCUGGGACAGCAGCAGGAGCCACUGAUCCAAGACGUGCCAACGCGGUGGAAUUCCACGCUGGAAAUGAUCAAGCGCCUGAACCGCAAUCAAGCAGCAAUUAAAGCAACCCUGGACCAACAACGCCACAAACUGGUUAUGCUGACGCCACCAGAAUGGGACAAACUGCAGAAACUGAGCAAGCUUCUAGAGCCCUGCAGGUAUGUAACUGAGAUUCUGGGUGGGGAGGCCUAUAUCUCCUGCUCAGUAGUACUGCCUGCUCUCCGCCACCUGCGUCAGGUGAUGAAGGUCUCUGAAGAGGACCCUGCAUAUGUGGUGAGCUUUAAGACAAUCUUCAUGCAAGACCUUGCCUCCCGCCAAGAAAAUACUAACAAUGCAUGGCUCAAGCUUGCAACGGCUCUGGAUCCACGUUUUAAAGACUUGAAGAGUCUGCCCAAGUGUGAAAGGGAAGAGGUGUGGACCUCACUUGGAGGCAUGCUUAAUGAACAUUCACCCAGAAGGUCUCUGCUGACUUCUCAAGAUGGACCACCCACGAAGAAAAUUCAUCUUCUACAGAUGGGCUCAGAUUCAGAGUCAGAUGAAGAGGUGCAACCUGACAAAGACAUACACAGGUAUAGGGCAGAGCCAAGCAUAAGUAUGGAGGACUGCCCUAUGCAGUGGUGGGCUGCUCAUUCAGGAGCACAUGACAAGCUGGCACGGCUUGCCCGCAAAUAUCUAGCAACUCCUGCAUCCACUGUUCCCUGCGAACGACUCUUUUCUGUCGCUGGUCAUAUUGUUCAGAAAAAACGGUCCGCUUUGCAUUCAGAAAAUGUUAACCAGUUAGUUUGCCUUAACAACUGGCUAAAAGAUGAAUAAAUAAUAGGUAAAAUGACCUCAUGUAAUUGUUUAAAAGUCAAGUUGUUUGUUUUAAAUGAAAAAAGUU